CCAAUUAGAAGAAUAUAAGGCCGUUCCUGAGCAGAUGAUCAUCAGUCCGUGGCUGUAUGAGUACAGUGUCUGCAGAAGGACAUCUGGAAAUCAUCUCUGUGAUACCUGAAGGAAAUCACUAGCUACAGGAGAUUCACCAUGAAAAUCCUCUUUCUUCUGGCUUCUCUGGUUCUUCACCUGCAAUUGGUUACAUGCUCAGAUGAAGACCUACAUUCUGAGUGGGAGGCCUGGAAGAACAAGUUCCAGAUAGACUACGACACAAGGACUAAUGAGGGACAGAAGAGAGCAGUCUGGGAAAGAAACUACAAGAUGAUAGAAGAACACAACCGGAAGGCUAGAAAAGGGAGUAAGACAUUUAAAAUGACCAUGAACAAAUAUGGAGACCUUACCACUGAAGAGUAUAAACGUCUGCAAGGUGCACUAGUGAACACUAAGCUAAGGAGUUAUAGAGCGACAGUAUCUAGAAAAGAACUCCGUGAUGCUGUCAGCAAGCGAAAAAUUCUCAGCAUUGAUUACAGGACCUUGGGCCACGUCACUCCUGUAAAGGAUCAGGGCGCAUGUGGAUCUUGUUGGGCCUUCAGCACUACAGGGGCUAUUGAGGGGCAAAUAUUCAAAAAGACAGGCAAGCUGGUGUCACUGAGUGAACAGAACCUAGUGGACUGCUCUCGUGCCUAUGGGACUUAUGGGUGCAGUGGUGCAUGGAUGGCUGAUGCCUAUCAGUAUGUGCUGGACAAUGGCGGGAUUGAAAGUGAGGCUAACUACCCUUAUACAGCCCAGGAUGAUCAGCCCUGCUUCUAUGACAGCAGGAGGUCGGCUGCCAAAAUCACAGGCUUCAAGUUCCUUCCAGUUGGAGAUGAGAAGGCAUUGGCUGAUGCUGUGGCAACAAUUGGGCCCAUCACAGUAACAAUUGAUGCUAGUAAUCCCAGCUUCCAGUUCUACAGCUCAGGAAUCUAUGACGAACCGCAUUGUGAUGGAAACAACCUGAACCAUGCAGUACUGCUGGUAGGGUAUGGAACUGAGGGAGGUCAAGAUUACUGGAUUAUCAAGAACAGCUGGGGCACUUUGUGGGGAGAAAACGGUUACAUGAAGAUCAUCAGGAACAAAAACAACGCCUGUGGAAUCGCUAACUACACCCUCUUUCCCAAAGUGUGAUGCCUGCUCUACUCUGAAAGUGCUGUCUUACGAGAUGAUACGGUUUUAUUUAAAUAUAUACCGGUGUGUGUGUGUGUGUAUAUAUAUAUAUAUAUAUAUAUAUAUAUAUAUAUGCAUUGUUAAAUUUUGUCUACAUUGUGCAGUUUUACAGUGCAUCAAUUAUUUAGGAAUAUUAUUGCUAUUACUAAAAUGUCUUUAAUACUGUAAAUGAGGGGAACAUUAUCCUAUCUACUACUGAAUACCCUAUCAAAUAUUCUCUAAAUUGAACACAACAUGCAGUCCACCAAGUAGUCCCUACUGGAAAUGUACAUGUUUUAAUUGCAAUUUAAAUCCAAUAAAUGUUAUUUUAAUAUGA